AUGUCUUAAGUAGGAUGUCGGAAAUCGUGGCGAGUAGUGCGGAUGUCAGAUCAUCUGAUGACAUGGAGUGGGAGGAUGAGGUUCAAGGACCGGAAUGAAUGUAGAAGCAAUGUGAAGGUUAAGUGCUGUAAUUGGUGGUGUUAGGGAUUUAUUUGGUUUAGAAUGUUAUUUUCCUGGUAGUACAUAAUUGGGCAGAUCAUGAUUGAUCGACAUUCCAGCACAGUAGGUGGCGGCAUGCACUUUAAACGUUUGUUUGUGGACCGCCAUGAUAUCAUAGAAGAAGAAGGCGACGAUGAAGAAGAGACCAUGUUGAAUUAGCGUUUUAUUUGGAGUGAAUUUAAUCUAAUAGUAACAUAAGUAAUUGAUUUGCCGCAAACAUUUAUGAUAUAUAACAUCAAAGUAAGAGGAAGGUGGCACAGGUUUGAGUUGCUGCAUAUGAAAUGAGCUGAAUACACCCCCACUCUCACACACACAGCUACACACUUUGACAGAAGAGCUGAGAGAGGGGGGAGACUCACCUGGAGCAGAGGGGACAGACUGAAAGGAGCCCAAGGGGAGCUUAAAGCUGCGUUGCUUUUGGACUACAGUUACCCUUGUUUGAUUUUCAACAUCAGGAAACUACUUCAACACGUGGAUGGACAUAUACAGACAGAGUGGAAAACAAAUGUUGAACAAUAAGGACCAUAUUAUUUUGAAGAAAUAUUUGUACAAAGGACAUCGAUGUUGAGCAAUUCAAAUGGACUUGACGCAAAACAAGGAAAUAAAAACAUAUAAAUGUAACGUUUGAACAAAGAUUAUAUUACAGAUGCUAUUCCCCCGCUUCAAAUUGUCUUAGCAAUUCUAUUGCAGGAAUUAAACGCCUUGAUUCUUGUUCAAAUAUGUUCUAUAUUGUGUGCAGGUGCAGUAUAUUUAUGCAUUUGAAUGCAUAUAUCUCUUCAUUUGGGAGAGCUCUUGUAUAAAUACUAUUUUUUUUCACACGGCAGUAAACUCUGUUGAAGGGGACCGAACUGCACGUAUAUGUAAAAACUACAAAUAGACUUCUGUUGAAAAAGCUUUAGACAAAAAACUAGAUAUUUGUUAAUGCUUUAUUAGACUCAUCUACUUUUGAAGAGGCUUUUUAAGGGGGCAAAAAAACAGGGGUAGAAAAUAUUAAUAUUUUGAGAAUAAAAACAAGAAAGCGAAAAUGGCAGCUGCCAGAACAGAGAACCUUGGUCCUGUCGUCAUGGGACUGAACAAGCAGAACGGGCAGCUUAGGGGGCCGCCUAAACUGGCUUCUCCCCAAUCAGGACCCCUCGUCCUGGGCUCUCUGUCAGACGAGGCCACAGGUGCAUCCCAGAAAGCGGGUGCUGCCCAGGAGGGAACUGGGAUUAGGUUUGGAGAUGACUGGAAAAAGAGCCUACAGCUCCCUCCCAAAGACACCAGGGUCAGAACCUCUGAUGUAACGUCCACUAAGGGGAAUGAGUUUGAGGACUACUGUCUGAAACGGGAGCUCCUGAUGGGCAUCUUUGAGAUGGGCUGGGAGAAGCCCUCCCCUAUCCAGGAGGAGAGCAUUCCCAUAGCCCUGUCAGGACGAGACAUCCUGGCCCGAGCCAAGAAUGGAACAGGGAAGAGUGGGGCCUACCUCAUCCCCAUGCUGGAGAGAAUAGACCUGAAGAAGGACUAUAUACAGGCCAUUGUGAUGGUGCCCACUCGUGAGCUGGCCCUGCAGGUUAGCCAGAUCAGUAUCCAGAUCAGUAAGCACCUGGGCGGCGUGAAGGUCAUGGCCACCACGGGCGGCACCAACCUGCGAGAUGACAUCAUGCGCCUGGACGAGACUGUGCAUGUGGUCAUAGCCACACCCGGCAGGAUCCUAGACUUGAUAAAGAAGGGCGUGGCCAAAGUGGAUAGAGUCCAAAUGAUGGUGAUGGAUGAGGCGGACAAGCUGCUGUCUCAGGACUUUGUAGUGCUUAUCGAGGAUAUCAUCAGCUUCCUGGCCAAGGGCCGUCAGAUCCUACUCUACUCUGCCACCUUCCCCAUCAGCGUGCAGAAGUUCAUGGCCAAGCACCUGCAGAAGCCCUAUGAGAUCAACCUGAUGGAGGAGCUGACUCUGAAGGGCAUCACCCAGUACUACGCCUACGUCACUGAGAGACAAAAAGUCCACUGUCUCAACACGCUCUUCUCGCGGCUGCAGAUCAAUCAGUCCAUCAUCUUCUGUAACUCCACCCAGAGAGUUGAGCUGCUAGCCAAGAAGAUCACCCAGUUGGGCUACUCCUGCUUCUACAUCCACGCCAAGAUGAUGCAGGAGUACAGAAACCGUGUGUUCCACGACUUCAGAAAUGGACUCUGCAGAAAUCUUGUCUGCACCGAUCUGUUCACCAGAGGUAUUGACAUCCAAGCCGUCAAUGUUGUCAUCAACUUCGACUUCCCCAAGAACGCCGAGACAUACCUGCAUCGCAUCGGAAGAUCAGGGAGGUUUGGUCACCUGGGCCUGGCCAUCAACCUGAUCACCUCUGAGGACCGCUUCAACCUGAAGUCCAUCGAGGACCAGCUGGUCACCGACAUCAAGCCCAUCCCUGGCAGUAUCGACAAGAACCUGUACGUGGCCGAGUUCCACACCGCCAACCUAGACUGCGAGGUGGAGGAGGAGCUGAAGGAGACAGGCUGCCAACAGGAGGAGCCCUAGAACCCCUCAACUGGACAAUAGGACAUACCUGGCUUUUGCACAACGUUCGGCUCUUGCACACAGGCUUCAGGCACCUCUUCAACUUCUCUUAUCUCAACCUUCAAAACCUGGCACAUGGAUGUUAAGGUCGAGUUUACUUUUUGCUGAUUUGUAUGUUCUGUUCUUAUUCCCCCUUGUUAUUUCAUUAAGAGCUGCCUGCAUUUCUUUAUUUAAAUUGGUUUAACCAUGUUGUUUUGCACCAAAGGUAGCUUGCCCAAUGCACACUGAAUGAGAUCAAUCAGUCCUUUUUUGGCUUAAGACAUGUAGGCUAAUGUUUUUUGGAUUGUAUCCUGGUAUUGGAAGGUAACAUAUCAGCUGAAAAACUUCCAAGAUAGGUGAGGAACAAUGUCUUUAAAAAAGUAAGAUCAUUGCAAAAUAUUGAUGAAGUUGUAUUGUUUCCAGCCGAAUAUGUCGUCCACUUUUACGGCCAGCUUUGGAGGAGGACAGGUUUGUGUCAUCAAUGACAUGAGGCCUAUUGUUAACCUUAGCAACAACCACUAAGGGUAAAGAAAGCUUCAGAAUGUUGGAAAGCUCAUUCACUUACAUGCAUUUUUGAUUGGAGUUAAGAUACUAUAUUUGUAGGUUUUAAACUUAUUAAUAAAUUCACAAAUGGUUGGAUUAUAAAUCCUUUGGAUACUAAUAUCCAACUUCGACUUAAAUAAUUUAUCUUCUGUACUACAUACACUGAGUGUACAAAACAUUAGGAACACCUUCCUAAUAUUACGUUGCACCCCAUUUUGCCCUCAGAACAGCCUCAAUUCGUCGGGUUUCGAAAGCGUUCCACAGGUAUUCUGGUUCAUGUUGACUCCAAUGCUUCCCACAGUUGUGUCAAGUUGGCUGGUAGGUCCUUUAGGUGCUGGACCAUCCUUGAUACACACGGGAAACUGUUGAGUGAGACAAACCCAGCAGCGAUUCAGUUCUUCACACACUCAAACCGGUGCGCCUGGCACCUACUACCAUACUCUGUUCAAAGGGACUUAAAUCUUUUGUCUUGCUCAUUCACCCUCUGAAUGACACACAUACACAAUUCAUGUAUCAAUUGUCUCAAAGCUUAAAAAUCAUUCAUUAACCGUCUCCUCCCCUUCAUCUACACUGAUUGAAGGUGACAUCCAAUAAGGGAUCAUACAGUACCUCUCACCUGAAUUCACCUGGUCAGUCUGUCAUGGAAAGAGCAGGUGUUCCUAAUGUUUUGUACACUCAGUGUGUAUAGUUAGCUGGGUUAUCAAAAUAAUGCCUGUAUUGGAAAAUAGCUACAUAGAUUGAUGGCUUUAGGUUGCUUGAAAGUGGUCACGUUCAAAAUGAGCAGCUUGAGUCAUGUACACUUUCAGAGGUGCAGUCCGUCCCAACCGUAAAAUAAAUGUUUACGGUACGUUAUUCAAACCUGAUUUGUUAUCGAUGACAACUAGCUGGCUCAGGUCUUUGAAUUGCACACAAAGUAAUGUUAUUUUUUUUUCAACAAUAUUUCUGCUGAUUAAAAGUAACACUGCUUGUGCCUUGCCUCAGGCUACUGUAGCUAGAGUUACCUCGGUAUACAUGCGAUGCAUAGACAAAAUACAUUUUUUGUUUAUCUCAAAUUACAGAGAUGCAAACGCCUGUGGUAGUGUUCCCACUCACACUAGAUAGAAAACCAACAAACGUAUGUUUUUACAGUGGUACACGACACCAUCAUCCAUGCAGUUGUAUUGAAUUACUAGUAUUUCACUGCAUGUGAUACGUAGCUUGAAAUUAGUGGGGGGGGGGGGGUUAUUCAACAUGGAGGCUCACACAUCAGACAUCAACUCAGUUAUAGAUAGAAUUCAUGAUUAUAUUAAAAUAAAACACUUUUAGCCAUUUAACACUAAAAUGAAUGCAUUUCAACAAGAGAUUCCUUUUUCUUUACCCUUUGUGGGCGGGACCAAAGCGGUUGCCAGGGACACAAGGCCCAAACGCGUUCACACAUUUAAACCGGUCUUCCUCCAUUGUAGAGACAAGAUGGACCCUUUUAUAUUGGCUCAUUCACACUAGCCAUCUUGCCCGCUUACAUUCACAUGCCUUUUGUCACUCAAGUGCCUUAAUUACUCUCCCACAUGCGCUCUUAUCAGUUCAUCCAUCUGUCUUUCUCUCACACAACAGACAGAAUGCAAACACAAUUAAGCUGAAUUGUAACAUUGGUUGAUUCAGAAUUCCAUUAUGCAAGUAGAACGUUCAUUGUGCACUCUCCUUCUAGGGAAUCUUGUUCAUGUUCUAGAUGCUCAAUAACCAAGGCUCAAACUCUGACUGCCAUCAUCUAGAAUGCGAAAGUACUUUUAAUGUAAACUUUGCAAUAAAAAAGGGCAGCUUUUACUUAGACGCAACGUGACUGUUUCUGUCACUAUGAAUAAUCAAUCAUGUGAAUAAUAUAAUAUGAUAUAAGACUGGGCCCAUUGUAAAAACUGUGGAUGGUAGCCUACUAUCAAGCUAAUAUAGCACCGGACAAAAAUUCCCCUAUAUAUAAACGAUCUCAGACCAGUACAGGAGCAGUUCAUGAAAACACAAGUCACAGUAGCAUCCAAUUACUGAGCUUGUGUAGCAUUUUACUAGUAAAACUAUUUUCUGAGGUUUCAUACUUAUGUUGCGGUGGUGAUGUGAUUAUGUGUCAAAAUAUCACCCUAAUCCCUGUAAAGUACACUACUUUUGACCAGGACCCAUAAAGUAGUGCACUAUAUAGGAAAUAGGCCCAUAUAUCUGCAGCUAUGGAAAGAACAGGUAGAAUUUACAAUCUGAUCAGUCAUAUGCAUCCAAUUUCUGAAAGACGCACAAGGUGUUGUUGGAGAUUAAGAUCAGCAUGGGAUCUUUUUUUUUAACCACUGUCUCUUUCACAUAUGAGCCCUUCAUGAACACCUCAAUAAACAACAAUUACACUAUAAAUAUCUACAGUGGGGAGAACAAGUAUUUGAUACACUGUCGAUUUGGCAGGUUUUCCUACUUACUAAGCAUGUAGAGGUCAGUAAUUUUUAUCAUAGGUACACUACAGGUAAUGAGUGGAGAAUAGGAGGGCUUCUUAAAGAAAAACUAACAGGUCUGUGAGAGCCGGAAUUCUUACUGGUUGGUAGGUGAUCAAAUACUUAUGUCAUGCAAUAAAAUACAAAUGAAUUACUUAAAAAUCAUACAAUGUGAUUUUCUGGAUUUUUGUUUUAGAUUCCGUUUCUCACAGUUGAAGUGUACCUAUGAUAAAAAUUACAGACCUCUACAUGCUUUGUAAGUAGGAAAACCUGCAAAAUCGGCAGUGUAUCAAAUACUUGUUCUCCCCACUGUAUAUACAAAUCUAUUACACAAUACACGAAAAGCAAACACAAAAUAUGAAAAGCAAAACACAAGGAAACAAACCCAUUAUUCAGUAAAAAAGGCCCUCUAACAUUGGCCUGAAUAGCCCUAGAGGCAAUCUUGACGUUUUCUUUGUACAAAACAACAUGGUUCAACAUAUUUUUAAGACCUGCUUUUUCUUCCUCAAUGUGAGGGUCCCUCAAAGUAAUAUAAUAUGUUUUUUAGAGGUAGACAUUUCAUGUUGGUACAGUUUUGUGGGUAUGCGGUUUAGGGUCUAAUUUGAAUCAAUCUAAAUGACUCAAAUGUAAAAAUGUAUCUCCAAAGUGUUGUGAAUGUAUUAAUUGCCAAUAUGUACUGUGCAGCCCGAUGGUACAUGCAGCCAAUUGGUACAAAAUAUAGUAUAUUUAGACUAAAAACUAAGUAACAAGAAACCAAGCUUUUAUUUUAAAAACCUCAGAGCUCUUGGGUGAUGUUCCUCAGCCUGGCUCCAAGGGAGAAGGGAGGGUAUUUUGAUAUGAUACAUACAGAGCUGAGAACUUGGCAGAACUCUCAUUUGUUAUCUCUGCUAUUCAUUAGGUUGGGAAAACCCAGAGUUUUUUUUGGGGGGGGGUCGGUCGUACAGUUUUGUUAUGAUUGUGAAAAGCUGAGGGACUAUUCUUGUGUGUGGGGUGGGUUGGCUCACAUCAGAAUUAUAUUUGAAAGCAAAUUGUAGCAUCUUCAAACUGGCAGCUGUGAUCUUUUUUUUGGUCCUGCUACAAAUGUUUAGCUGAUGAUGAAAGCAGAGAAAAAUAUGUGAUAUUUUUUUUGCUUCUCUUUGAAAUUAUUUUUGACAAUGCUUGCUAAGCAGGGAGGGGGGCAGAGCAGGGUUUGGGGCACUGGGUUUGUGUGGGUUUGCGAGUCAUCUUGAAUCUUUUCUUCUCUCUGGUACUUAAGAACUCCAGCACAACAGUGGACCAACCAAUAUGGUUUGCAACAGAUCUGAAACUCAACACAUUUGUAAUUUUUCUCCCAAAGUACAAAAAAAGUAUUAUAUUUUGACCAUUAGUUUGCUUAUUUUAAGUACUGGAGAGAAUGCUAUCCGAGCACAGUCAUACUGGUUAUCUAGGUCAAUCUUUUUACGAGGUGGUUGCUAUCAUUUUGAGGAAAUUGGUUUGUAAAUGAUUCGUUGUGUUCACAAUUCGUUUACAAUAACAAAAAAAAUAUGAAUUUGCUUCAUGGUGGAGGUAGUUUUGAAUAUUAGAUUUUUUUUAUUUUUUUUAAUUUUAAAUACUGACUUUCAGGAUUUAUAUUGAACCGAAACCAAAAAAGUGUAAUGUCACGUCAUGGCAUUUUGUGUGCUUUGCGUGAGUGACUGUCAGUAAGUGUUGUGUGUGUGUGUGUGUGUGUGUGUGUGUGUGUGUGUGUCAUAGAGAGAAACUUGGUGUGUGAGAAACAAGGUUGGUUGGUGUGUUUUAAGAGUAAGUUAGUGUCCCGUCUCAUUUGUUUGUUGGUAUGAAUGUGAUUGCCUGUGUGUCUGUAUAUGAAUGGCUGUUCUGUAAGAUUGUUUGGUAGGGUGUUCAAUUGGCUGAAUGUGAAUUUCUGUAUGCAAUUGUGAAUGUUUCUGUGUGCUUGUUUGUCUGUGAGUGACAUACAAUGUCUUAAUAUUCGUAUGGCUGUUGUCCCUAGCCUGUUUUCUGGUCUACUUUGUGACCCAUACUGUGCAAAGACAGAAUAGGUCAACACUAGCCAUAUAGUGUAAACCCCAAACUAGCCCAAGGCAGAGUUUUUCAAAUUCCUUUCACAUACUGUUCUUUGCGAUCAGUGGUCACAAAGGGGACUAGAAAACAGGCAAUGUUCACCAUCCUCAAAGGGAUAUUCAGAUGGAAUAUUCAGUCUAUGUCAGUGGGUAAAUGUCUGUAUAUUCAGUUUAUUAGGUACACCCAUCUAGUAUCUGGUCAGAUCCCCCUUUGCCUCCAGAACAGCCUGAAUUAUUUGGGGCAUGGAAACAUUGCUCAAUUCCUAUCAAGGGACCUAAUGUGUGGCAGGAAAACAUUCCCCAAACCAUUACACCACCACCAUCAGCCUGUACCGUUGACACCAGGCAGGAUGGGGCCAUGGACUUGCUUACACCAAAUCCUGACUCUGCCAUCAGCAUGACGCAACAGGAACCAGGAUUCGUCGGACCAGGCAAUGUUUUUCCACUCCUCAAAUGUCCAGUGUUGGUGAUCGUGUGCCCACUGGAGCCGCUUCUUGUUUUUAGCUGAUAGGAGUGGAACCCGGUGUGGUCGUCUGCUGCAAUAGCCCAUCCGUGACAAGAAUCGACAAGUUGUUCUUUUAGAGAUGCCAUUCUGCACACCACUGUUGUACUACGCCGUUAUUUGCCUGCCUGUUAGCUUGCAUGAUUCUUGCCAUUCAACAUCGACCUCUCAUCAACGAGCUGUUUUCGCCAAGAGGACUGUCCCUGGCUGGAUGUUUUUUGUUUGUCACACCAUUCUUGGUAAACCCUAGACACUGUCUUGCAUGAGAAGCCCAGGAAGCCGGACAUUUUGAAAUACUGGAACUGGCGUGCUUGGCACUGAUGAUCAUAACACGCUCAGAUGCUUAGGUCACUCAUUUUGCCCAUUCUAACGUUCAGUUGACCAGUAACUGAAUGCGUCAAUGACUGUAUAUGCUAUAUUGCCUAUAUAUGGCAAGCCACGGCCACGUGACUCGUUGUCUGUAGGAGCUAACCAUUUUCGUGAGCAGUGUAGUGUACCUAAUAAACUGGCCAAGUCAGUGUAUGUCACUGUCUAAUCCUGUGUGGAUCUGUGUGUGCGUGCUCUUGGCCAUUGAGUCAAGUUGUGACUGUGUGAAUGAUUGAGUACAAGUGGGGGAGGGAAGGUUCACUUGUCGUUAACUCCAAGAUGUUUGGAAAAGGUAAUCAUGUUCAUACCCUUAAGAACACAAGUAAGAGCUAGCCUAUAUGGUCUAUGGUGGGGAAAGGUAGAAGGGGUUUGGGGUAUAAUACAAUUAAGCAAACAAGAAUUAUGGUAUUGCAACAUGGGGUUUGGAGAAAAUAAACUGGUACAGAUCAUUUUGAAACCAGAAUACCCCUGAUUCCCAAAUUGCAAUAGAGCUAAUACAGCGAAGCCUCAAAUGUAUCUCCAGUUGAACAAAUUCUGAAUUGCAUGCAUGACUGUGUUGUGCUUCUCUAAUUCAGACUCCUCUUACAUGCAGAGACUCUACAUUCAAUAAACUGAGAGACUGAAUUCUGCAAGAGCUGGAAAGAAAAGUGUGUAUUCUGUUCCUGGAAACUGGAUGAAUGACUGGUACUAAAAUUCUAAUUUGCUAAAUUACUUGUUUGGAAUUUUUAAACAUAGCCGCGGUUAAAUUUGUCACAUACGUGAGUAAAACAUUUUCUGUGGUCAUUAAGGGGGAGAAGCCAUUUCAGAAUUCAGUUGUCCUGUGUUUUCUGUAGUUAUUGUAUAGUGCCUUCAGAAAGUAUUCAUACCCCUUGACUUAUUCCACAUUUUUGUUGUUACAGCCUGAAUUCAAAAUGGAUUAAAUAGAUUUCUUUCUCUCCCAUCUACACACAAUACCCCAUAAUGACAAAGUGAAAACAUGUUUUUCUUUAAAUGUUUUCAAAUUUAUUGAAAAUGAAAUGCAUAAAUAUCUAAUUUACAUAAGUAUUCACACCCCUGAAUCAAUACUUUGUAGAAGCACCUUUGGCAGCGAAUACAACUGUGAGUCUUUCUAGGUCAGUCUAAGAGCUUUCCACACCUGGAUUGUACAACAUUUACCCAUUUAUUCUUUUCAAAAUUCUUCAAGCUCUUGAUCAUUGCUAGACAACCAUUUUCAGGUCUUGUCAUAGUUAUCAAGUAGAUUUUAAGUCAAAACGAUAACUCGGCCACUCAGGAACAUUCACUUUCUUCUUGGUAAGUAACUCCAGUGUAGAUUUGGCCUUGUCUUUUAGGUUAUUGCCCUGCUGAAAUGUGAAUUCAUCUUCCAGUGACUGGUGAAAAGCAGACUGAGCCAGCUUUUCCUUUAGGAUUUUGUCUGUGUUUAGCUCAAUUCCAUUUCCUUUUUAUCCUGAGAAACUCCCCAGUCCAUAAUGAUUACAAGCUUACCUAUAACAUGAUGCAGCCACCACUAUGCUUGAAAAUAUGGAGAGUGGUACUCAGUAAUGUUUGCGUUGGAUUUUCCCCAAACAUAACACUUUGUAUUCAGGACAAAAAGUGAAUUGCAUUGCCACAUUUUUUGCAGUAUUAUUUAGUGCUUUGUUGCAAACAGGAUGCAUAUUUUGGAAUAUUAUUAUUCUGUACAGUCUUCCUUAUCAUUCUGUCAAUUGCGUUAGUAUUGUGGAGUAACUACAAUGUUGUUGAUCCAUCCUCCAGUUUUCUCUUAUCACAGCCAUUAAACUAUGUAACUGUUUUAAAGUAACCAUUAGCCUCAUGGUGAAAUCCCUGAGCGGUUUCCUUCCUCUCUGGCAACUGAGUUAGGAAGGACGCCUGUAUCUUUGUAGUGACUGGGUGUAUUAAUACACCAUCCAAAGUGUAAUUAAUAACUUCACCAUCCUCAAAGGGAUAUUCAGUGUCUGAAUUGUCUUGAGUCAAUAAGUAUUCAAACCCCUUUGUUAUGACAAUCCAAAAUAGAGUAAAAAUGUGCUUAAGUUUCAUGGACACACUGUGUGCAAUAGUGUUUGACAUGAUUUUUUAAUGACUACCUCAUCUCUGUACCUCACACGUAUAUUUAUGCCCCAGUCAAGCUGUCAAUUUCAAACACAGAUUCAACCACAAGUGUAAUUAAAACUUCACCAUCCUCAAAGGGAUAUUCAGUGUCUGCUUUAGGUGCCCUUCUUUGAGAGGCAUUUGAAAACCUCGCCGGUUUUUGUGGUUGAAUCUGUGUUUGAAAUUGACAGCUUGACUGUGGGAUAAAUAUACGUGUGAGGUACAGAGAUGAGGUAGUCAUUAAAAAUCAUGUUAAACACUGUUGCACACAGUGUGUCCAUGAAACUUAAGCACCUUUUUACUCCAAAACUUAUUUUGGCUUGUCAUAACAAAGGGGUUUGAAUACUUAUUGACUCAAGACAAUUCAGCUUUUCACAAAAUGUGGGAAAAGUCAAGGGGUGUGAACACUUUCUGAAGGCACUGUAUGUGGGAAUGUACACACCUUGGUGGCUAUUCCUUUUACUUUCUCAUUUGUUAUUUUCAAAACUGUUCAGCCCCAUGUAGAGUGAGAAUUACAAACGGAGGUCUUAACACUGAAACUUUGACGAGGUAGUUUGUCUUACAAAUUAGACAGCCGUAGUCAGCCACUAUAUUGGAGCAUACAUGUAUGCUUGAUCUGAUUAUAGAGAAAGUCGAUGGGUAAAGUUGCACCAUUAAUUUGCUUACAAUAUUUCAAUUUAAAAUGCAACUAUGUCAAUUUGGCUAAUUACACCUCCCCCCUCGGUAACCCUAGAAACACAACCAAUACAAGAAGCAUACUUCAAUUAUCUACUUCUAUCAGAGUCUUAAACUGUACUUUAAUGACAUUGGAAUUAAUACAGGGGGUUAUAAAAUGUAAUAAAAAUGAACUCAAUUGAAA